AUGUUUUAUCUUCAUUUUCUCUCAUUCUGUUUGCUACCUUUUUUUCUUUCUUUCUAUCUCCUUGUAUUCUUUUUCUCGGAGCUGACACGCUUUUUCUGUUUCCAUUCAGACACCAUUUUCUCUCGUCUUUUUAAUCCUUCUAGGUAUCUCUUUCUGUUUUCUCUUCUCUCUCUCUCUUUCUUCCUGCCCCCAGUUUUAAUUUUCUCUUUCUCUCCUUUCUCUACUUCACUCUUCUUUCAUUUUUUCAUUCCUUUCUUUGUCUUUUUCUUCCUACCUUUCUUUCUUUCUUUCUUUCUUUCUUUCUUUCUUAUGCUCCAUUUUAUUCUUUUUAUCUCUCUUCCUUUCUUCUUUUCCCACCUCUCUCACCCCUUGCCUUUCACUUCUUCUAUCCUCUUCUUUUUUCCUUUCUCUUUUUCCUUAAAUGAAUGGAUGAAAAGACAAGCCAGAAAUCAAUUUGUACCCAAAAUAGAAAUUCAUCUCGACUAUCUUCCACACCAUUUACUUUCUCGAUGA